GGCUCAAACAGCCGGGUGUUUCGGGGCGGGCGCAAGCCCUGCCUGUCCCGGCAUCCCAUCGCUCUGGCCCCCCUUCAGAAGGGGCGCCCCUCCAACGAGGCAGGCCUGGCAGGCACCCCGCGCCAUGCCUGGCCUGCUCAAUAAUGCUGUCCACAUUCGGCCAAAUUUGGCCCUUGGUAGCCUUUUGGCUGCCCUCCUUGCAGCUGCUCCCCAGCUGAGCGGCGCGACAUUGAAGGCCAAGAUCUCGUCUGAUGCACAUUUAGCUGCAGGCGAAGGGCAUGAAGUGUUCGCAAGAAGUGCAGACACUGUACAGGUUGGCGAUGCCACCGUGGCAGAGAACGUGGAAUUCCUCACGAAAACGCUCGCCAGGUUUCAGAGCUUCGCAAGCAGCGCACAGCUCAGCAUUCAAAUGCGACAUCGAAAGGAAGAGCAAAGAUUGAAGGACUCGAUUUCCCAAGCCAGUGAUGCCAACGUAAAGAAAGCGUUGGAGCAGAGUGUAGCUUCAAACAAUCAAGCCCUUGAAGAAACUCAAGGCAUUUAUAGCAACAUUGUCUCGUUUUCCAACGACAUGCUCUCCAUGUUGAAGAAGACCUCCAAAUCAGGCCUUACCUGCGACCAGCUCUCCUGUGGAAAGCAUGCGUCCUGCGCAGAUACUUUUCAAGGUGCGAGCUGCGUUUGUGACGAAGGCUAUGUUGGUUUGGGGCAGGAGUGCCAUGCACCGACUGAAUUUCAGCCACACUUGCUUCUGGGUGAAAAUGCAGCCCAGGCUGCUGACAUUCAUGUUGCAGCUUUCGACGACAACAAGGUGGCUGUGGUAUUUCGCGACAUGAGCAAGGACAAUGCCGGCGCAGUUGUCGUUGGAACUGUGAGCGAGGCUGGGUCACUGGAGCUUUCGCCCGUGGAGCUCUUCACAGCUCCUGGAGCUCAGGCCUUUUCACCAGUAGUGACUGGAACAGAUGGGCGGCGCAUUGCGAUUGCUUGGCGCGAUGGGCAGAGGAGUGGAACCUGCAGAUUGCGGGCGGCUGCGCUUGGCAGCUCCGGCAUCCGCGGUGCAGAAAUGGCCUUGGUAUGGGGAACCACCGUUGACUUUUGCAGCAACCAGGCACACAAAAUGUCCGUCCAGUCCUUUGCUCCAAAUCGGAUCAUGGUGUUGUACUCCGACAAGGCCACAGGGUCCGAGACAGCAGAGUCUUUCGGGAACUCGGUGCUUGCAGACAUAGGCAGCAUCGGCGAGAUCUCUCUUCUCGGCAACUUCCGCUUCACUGAUAGUGCGGUCGCGCGCCUAGAGGCGGCGAAGGUGAGCAAGAAUGGCUUUGUACUGGCAGCUCGAGCCUCCCCUGCAGUGGAUGACAUGAACCCCACGCCUGUCAAACAAGAGGCCAUGGCCAUGUACGGGGAGCUGGUUGGUGAUGACUUGGUCUUUGAUCCAAAUCCAGUCAACCUAGAGCCUGGACAAGUUUGGGCUCGAGGUCUUUCUCUGAUUGCGCCAAACACACUGGCCUAUGCAUACCAAGAUGCUUCGAAGAUGGAGCUGAAGAUGGCCGUUCUUGACAUUGACCCACAAACCCAUCGGAUGAAGGUUGUUGAAGAUCCGUCAACCUUCCAAAAAGGAUUCUCGCCAUAUGUAUCGAUGCUGUCAAUGCCAUACUCAGAGUCUGACCCGUACACCUUGACCUACUACCAAGGUGAAAAGAAUGCCAUUGCAAGCAUUUGUGCUUGGAAUUCUGGCCGUCAGCACAUUGAAAAGUGCGAGGAUUUCCCCUGGCUCUCACAGAAAGUCUCCAGCGUCUCUGGCACACCUGUUGGAGAAGGCCGGGUCAUGAUGACCUUCGUCGAGUCAGAUGUCCCGUACUACAUGGUCUUCGGCCUGUCCAAGAAGUGAAGACCUACUCUCUCUCUCUCUCUCUUGAGACUGUCACAGGCGACCUGAGGAUUCACCCACAGAGAGGAAGGCAUCCCACAUGUGUCCGCAUGGGUGCGAGCAAA